UGGUCGUGAUUACCCAAAAGCCCCACCUCCUCUGCUCGCUGAUUGGCUGAUCACAAGGCUCUUCAGAUAAACACCAGAAGAAACGGGUAUUUUCACAUCUAACGACGUGAUGGUGCCAGAGACGUGCUGAAUGAAUUCGCUCUAUUGGAUGGCGAGGUAGACGGAUGUUUACGCUACAGGCAGGGGAUUGAAUUUUGUUAUUUGCGUUAUCAAAGAGUAAAAAUGCGCGGUCGUGUGACAGGCCAGGCCAUGGAGCUGCUGGGCAGCGGCGCCUCCAGGAUCAGCGUGAGCAGGCUCUUUCUGUCCACACCGGCCAAAGCAGCCGCUCCGCUCAGCGACAGAAGAUUUCGGUCUACAUCGUCCAUGUCCAGUUACACUGAGCUGGCUCGGGAGCGGUCCAAAACCGUUACGUCUUUCUACAACCAGUCUGCCAUCGACGCGUCUGCCGAGAAGCCUUCUGUCAGACUGACACCAGCCACUAUGCUGUAUGCAGGGAAGUCUCCUGAUGGACAACAUGUCCUGAGCAGUGCCAGUUAUCUACAUAAAGAGCUGCCUGUCCGUAUCGCCCAUCGCAUCAAGGGCUUCCGCAGCCUGCCCUUCAUUAUCGGCUGCAACCCAACCAUUCUCCAAGUGCACGAGCUUUAUAUCAGAGCCUACCACAUGCUGAGCGACUUCCCAGCUAUAAAAGACCAGGAGACUGAGGCUCGCUAUAGCAAACUUGUAAAACAGCUUCUUGAUGAUCACAAAGAUGUUGUCACCAUGUUAGCUGAAGGAUUCCGGGAAUGUCGUAAACACAUAAUGGAUGAGACUCUGGUUUGUAAUUUCUUGGACACAACGUUGACGUCUCGUCUGGGCAUACGCAUGCUGGCCACACACCACCUUGCCCUGCAUGAGGAUAACCCUGACUUUGUAGGCAUUAUAUGCCGCCGCCUGUCCCCUAAAAAGAUCAUCGAGAAGUGGGUUGAUUUUGCUCGACGGCUCUGUGAGCAUCAGUACGGGAACUCUCCACGGGUUCGCAUUAAUGGCCAUGUGGCGGCCCGCUUUCCCUUCAUUCCACUGCCGCUGGACUACAUCCUGCCUGAGCUGCUAAAGAACGCCAUGAGGGCCACAAUGGAGAGUCACUUGGACACUCCUUACAAUGUGCCUGACAUUGUGGUCACAAUCGCCAACAAUGACACAGACUUUGUCAUAAGGAUCUCAGACCGUGGCAGUGGCAUUCCUCACAGCAUUUUGGAUCAGGUGAUGGAUUACCACUUCAGCACAGCUGAACAGAGCGCCCAGGAUCCCCGCAUGAGCAACCUUUUCAACAACAUUACCAACAGCGGCCCCCAGUCUGGACCCAUGCAUGGGUUUGGCUUUGGCCUGCCUACAUCUCGGGCGUACGCCGAAUAUUUGGGAGGUUCCUUGGCCAUCCAGUCGAUGCAGGGCAUUGGCACAGACGUCUACCUGCGUCUCCGGCACAUUGAUGGCAAAGGAGAGAGCUUCAGAGUUUGAUGACAUGGUCUGUUCAUAGAGCUUUUGGUAAUUUUCUAUGUUGAAGAUUUUAAGGCUCGAAGUCGAACUAAAACCAGGAUGUUCAACAGUUGUCACUGUUUCACACAUAUUACCUGUCACUGCAUCGGUAUCACAUUUUGGAUCUCGUUUUCUGCAGAUUAUGGGUGUCAUGCUUGCGAUUCGCACUGUGCUGUGUUUGUGUAGUGCACUGUGAUUUCUGUAAAACGUUCAGCCUUAAGAUUACAAAGUGAUUUCAUGAUUAAAAUCCAAUGUGUUACUGUCCACUGUCACCAGUGGGACGAGUCCUUGCACUCCAGACGCCUGCAGAAGAUGCUCUCCAGACAGCCAUAUCCUGCUUUUCUUCAGAAAUAUGAGUGAAUUUUGAACUCUUUGGAGAUUGUUCACUCCAGUGGUGAACACAGAAGUCUUCUAUGAACUCAGUCUGAAUAGAGAUUGACUGCCUUACGAAAAAAACUCGUUGAAAAAAUGUCAUUCUUGCUUUUGACAUUUCACAUUAACCACAUGAGCUUAAUAGUUUGUUGUAGAUUUCAUGCUUGAAAUUGUUUGCUAAAAAGGCUCUUGGGGUUAUAGCACAGCAUAGAAUAUAAAUAGUUUUUUUUCUCUCUUUCUCUCCAGCAAACAGUGUUUAUAGAGAUGUUCAUGUUUGAAUGGAUGUUUUUAAACUCUACCCCACCUGCACAUGUGGUCUUUUGAUCAUUUUGUUUAGUUCAUUUUCUAAAAGGAUGCCAACUUGUUUGAGACCGUGAGAGAUCAUGAAAUUAGUUUACCUGAAUUCAUUUGAAAUUUACCCCAAAUGGCAAAAGUUCUGUUGAAAUACCAAUUGAACUGCUGGAGGAGUUCACAAUACACAUACACGGUACAAGUAAUCCAUAACAUUUUGUAUUGUGAUGUUGUGCCUGUGGUUUCUUUUCUCUCCUUUUGAAACGAUUUUCAAGAAAAGGAGCCUUCGUGUGUUUUCUGCUCAUUAUCUGUUCUUAAGAGCUGCAGAUUUGUUGCCCCAGUUUGCCCCCUACUGGUGGAAUCUGAGUAUUAACCAUACGGACGUACUGAGGAUUUAGUGUAAUGAAUAAUGAUGUACAGUAGGUUUUGGAUUAUUUAGAAGGACUAACAUGCACAUAUUAAGAUGUUCCUUUGUUUAUAUAAAAGGCCAAUUUGUGGCAUGACGCACCCUGAUUGAUGUCAAGGAUGGGAUCAUUUUAUUGUAUUUUGUUUUCUUUUUUAUGUUGAGUUUCAUGACAUAGAUGCCAAAUACGCAGUUUUUUUUGGGGGGGGGGGAAUUUAUAAAAUUCUGGAUGAGAACA